AUGGCCAUCUCCUCAUCUACCAUCCUCCCUGCCUCUGCCAAGACCAAUGGAGCAGCGACCAGAGAGGGAUAUGAACACCUGAACCACUGCCCCAAAACCAUGGGCAGUAAAUGCUCUAAGACUGAACCUGAUAAUGACGAUCUAGAGAAAGAGAGGAAAAGGAAGUUGCUUCUUGCAAAACAACGUCAGAUAGCAAGGAUGAAGGCGGCUGGGAAGAUACAGGCCUGGUGGCGUGGAACCCUGGUGCGUAGGACCCUGCUGGCAGCUGCCCUCAGGGCCUGGAUGAUUCAGUGCUGGUGGAGAACAGUCCUGUGGAGGAAGUUGUAUAAGCGACGGCAGAACUCACUGAAGGUUUAUAUAAUCCAGGAGCAGGCAGCAGUCAAGCUCCAGUCCUGGGUUCGCAUGUGGCAGUGCCAUCAACGUUACUGCCAAGUGUGCAAUGCUGUAUGCAUACUACAAGCUCCAAAGAGCUGUUUCACCUUUCAGACCAGUGAUGUUUCACAGGCACAAUACGGGGGUGCUUUCAACCAGCCAGAGUUCCAUAUUGAAAUCCUAUCAAUCUAAGAGAAUACUAUAGGGUGGAGAACUGGCUCCACCACCCCAAUAAAUGUCUGACCAGGUUUUGUGUGUUUCAGUGACUCUCUCAGGAUGGGGACCCCAAAGGUUCAGGCC